CAUGGACUGAGUGACACGGCGAGAGAGGGGCAGCAGCGAGCCUCACGCCGCCGCCGGGAGCCGCUUCUCCCGCCCAGCCGCCGCCGGAGGAGGGGAGCCGGCCUCGAGCGCCGCCCGCCGCUUUCCCUCCGCCGCGGCGGGUGUUUGGUUGGUGCAAUGGCCAGGCCGGUGCCGGGGACCCGGCAGUGACUCGGUGCCCGCCCAGAGCCGUCCUGAGCGGGGUGGGGGAGUCGGGGCCGCCGCGGGAAUCUCUCUCCCCCCGCCCCGGCCGCUGCUCCGCGCCGUUCAUGCCUUUGCAGCUGAGAGGUGCCCAGGGGCGGAGCAGCCUCAGCAGCGCCCAGUCGGGGAGCGUCCCCUCUGCUCCCCGCCCUGUUCCUGAGACAGGGCCCAGGCCCGGCCGGGAGCCCCCAGCUUCUCCGCAGCGCUAGGCCCCGGAGCGGAUACCGGGGCCGGCUUCAGCGUGAUCUCCUCCUGCCCGGCCGCUCGCCCAGCCCCGCGGGGAGGGGGAGGAUGAGCCAGCUUCAGACAGCGAAGAUGUCCGCUCCCCCCCCGCCUGCGCCCCUGCAGCCCGGGGAGGGGGUGACCACGAGCCGCCAGAGGAAGCUGGAGUCCAUGAUCCGAGACCCUCGGUCCCCAGUCAAUGUGGAAAGUUUGCUGGAUGGCCUGAAUUCUUUGGUCCUUGAUCUGGAUUUUCCAGCACUGAGGAAAAACAAGAACAUAGAUAAUUUCUUAAAUAGAUAUGAGAAAAUUGUGGAAAAAAUUCGAGCUUUACAAAUGAAAGCUGAAGACUAUGAUGUUGUUAAGGUGAUUGGAAGAGGUGCUUUUGGAGAAGUACAGUUGGUUCGCCAUAAAACGUCACAGAAGGUUUAUGCAAUGAAGCUUCUUAGUAAAUUUGAAAUGAUAAAAAGAUCGGAUUCAGCCUUUUUCUGGGAAGAAAGAGAUAUCAUGGCCUUUGCCAACAGUCCCUGGGUGGUUCAACUCUUUUGUGCCUUUCAAGAUGACCGAUACUUGUACAUGGUAAUGGAAUAUAUGCCGGGUGGAGAUCUUGUAAACCUUAUGAGCAAUUAUGAUGUGCCUGAAAAAUGGGCCAAAUUUUACACAGCUGAAGUUGUCCUUGCUCUGGAUGCAAUUCACUCCAUGGGCUUGAUACACAGAGAUGUGAAGCCUGAUAAUAUGCUUUUGGAUAAACAUGGGCAUCUAAAGUUGGCAGAUUUUGGCACCUGUAUGAAAAUGGAUGAAACUGGUAUGGUGCGCUGUGAUACAGCUGUUGGAACACCUGACUACAUAUCGCCUGAAGUCUUGAAGUCACAAGGAGGUGAUGGCUGCUAUGGACGGGAGUGCGAUUGGUGGUCUGUAGGAGUUUUUCUCUUUGAGAUGCUUGUUGGGGACACUCCAUUUUAUGCAGACUCCUUGGUAGGAACGUAUAGUAAAAUCAUGGAUCACAAGAAUUCAUUAAGUUUCCCAGAUGAUGUGGAAAUCUCUAAGCAUGCAAAGAACCUCAUCUGUGACUUUUUAACUGACAGGGAGGUGCGACUUGGGAGAAGUGGGGUAGAAGAAAUUAAACAGCACCCUUUCUUUAAGAGCGAUCAAUGGAACUGGGAUAACAUUCGAGAGACUGCUGCUCCUGUUGUACCUGAGCUUAGCAGUGACAUAGACAGCAGUAAUUUUGAUGACGUUGAGGAUGACAAAGGAGAUGUGGAAACCUUUCCAAUCCCUAAAGCCUUUGUGGGAAACCAGCUGCCUUUUAUAGGAUUUACCUACUAUCGAGAGAAUCUGUUGCUAAGUGACUCUCCUCAGUCUUGCAGAGAAAAUGAAUCCAUGCAAUCCAGGAAAAAUGAGGACAGCAAAGAGUUUGCACAGUUUCAGAAAAAACUGAGCAAGUUAGAAGAACAACUCAGUAAUGAAAUACAAGCCAAAGAUGAACUAGAACAGAAGUGCAGGUCUGUUAAUGCUCGUUUAGAGAAGACCGUGAAAGAACUAGAUGAAGAGGUAACAUCAAGGAAGAAUGUAGAAUCUGCAUUAAGGCAAUUAGAAAGAGAGAAGGCUCUUCUUCAGCACAAGAAUGCAGAAUACCAGCGGAAAGCAGAACAUGAAGCAGAUAAAAAACGCAAUUUGGAAAAUGAUGUUAACAGUUUGAAAGACCAGCUUGAAGAUUUAAAAAGGAGAAAUCAGAACUCUCAGAUAUCAAAUGAGAAAAUCAAUCAGCUACAAAGACAGCUGGAUGAAGCCAAUGCUUUACUACGCACAGAGUCUGAUACUGCAGCCAGGUUAAGGAAGAACCAGACCGAAAGUACAAAGCAAAUCCAGCAGUUGGAAGCUAAUAAUCGAGAAUUACAAGAUAAAAACUGCAUGCUGGAGAAUGCUAAACUCAAACUUGAGAAGGACUUCAUCAAUCUUCAGUCAGCCCUAGAAUCUGAAAGAAGAGAUCGAAGUCAUGGGUCAGAGAUUAUCAGCGAUCUACAAGGUCGAAUAUCUAGCCUAGAAGAAGAAGUAAAAAAUGGAAAGAGUACAUUAGCCAAAGCAGAAGUGGAGAAGAGACAAUUACAAGAGAAGUUCACAGAUUUGGAAAAGGAGAAGAGCAACAUGGAAAUAGACAUGACAUAUAAACUCAAGGUUAUGCAGCAGAACCUGGAACAAGAAGAAGCUGAACAUAAAGCCACAAAAGCACGAUUAGCAGACAAAAAUAAAAUCUAUGAAUCUAUUGAAGAAGCCAAGUCUGAAGCCAUGAAAGAAAUGGAAAAGAAGCUGUUGGAGGAGAGAGCUUCAAAGCAAAAAGUAGAAAACGGCUUGUUAGAAAUUGAAAAGCGGUGUUCUAUGUUGGACUGUGAUCUCAAACAGUCUCAACAGAAAAUAAAUGAGUUGCUUAAACAAAAGGAUAAACUAAAUGAAGAUGUUAAAAACUUGACAUUAAAAAUAGAACAGGAAACACAAAAGCGCUGCCUCACGCAGAAUGACCUGAAGAUGCAAACACAACAAGUCAACACAUUGAAAAUGUCAGAGAAACAGCUAAAACAAGAGAAUAACCAUCUCCUGGAAAUCAAACUGAGCUUGGAAAAGCAAAAUAAUGAACUCCGCAAAGAACGUCAGGAUGCAGAUGGACAAAUGAAAGAGCUACAAGACCAGCUUGAAGCUGAACAAUAUUUCUCAACUUUGUACAAGACCCAAGUUCGUGAGCUUAAAGAGGAAUGUGAAGAAAAGACCAAACUUUGUAAAGAAAUGCAGCAAAAGAUACAGGAGUUACAAGAUGAGAGAGACUCCUUGGCUGCACAACUUGAGAUAACUUUGACAAAAGCUGAUUCAGAGCAACUUGCUCGCUCCAUUGCUGAAGAACAGUACUCUGAUUUGGAAAAAGAGAAGAUCAUGAAAGAAUUGGAGAUUAAAGAGAUGAUGGCUAGGCAUAAGCAAGAACUUACUGAGAAAGAUGCUACCAUAGGAUCUCUGGAGGAAGCCAAUAGGACACUAACUAGUGAUGUGGCUAAUCUUGCUAAUGAGAAAGAGGAACUGAAUAAUAAACUGAAAGAAGUCCAAGAACAAAUUGCAAGGCUAAAAGAGGAAGAAACAAAUACAAUUAUUAUUAAAACUCAGUUUGAGAAGCAGUUGUUGAAUGAGAGAACACUGAAAACCCAGGCGGUAAACAAGUUGGCUGAGAUCAUGAAUCGGAAAGAUCCAGUCAAACGUGGAGCUGACACUGAUGUGCGGAGGAAAGAAAAGGAGAAUAGGAAACUGCAUAUGGAACUGAAAUCUGAACGUGAAAAGUUAACUCAGAUGAUGAUUAAAUAUCAGAAGGAGAUCAAUGAAAUGCAGGCACAAAUAGCAGAGGAGAGCCAGAUACGAAUCGAACUGCAGAUGACACUUGACAGCAAGGAUAGCGACAUUGAACAACUUCGCUCACAGCUCCAGUCAAUACAUAUUGGCCUAGACUGCAGCAGCAUAGGCAGUGGACCUGGGGAUGCUGAGGCAGAUGAUGGAUUCCCUGAAUCGAGAUUAGAGGGUUGGUUAUCACUACCUGUCCGAAAUAACACUAAGAAAUUUGGAUGGGUGAAAAAGUAUGUAAUUGUAAGCAGUAAGAAGAUUCUGUUCUAUGAUAGUGAACAAGAUAAAGAACAUUCUAACCCCUACAUGGUGUUAGAUAUUGACAAAUUGUUCCACGUCCGGCCAGUCACACAGACCGAUGUGUACAGAGCAGAUUCCAAAGAGAUUCCUAGGAUAUUCCAGAUUCUGUAUGCUAAUGAAGGAGAAAGCAAGAAGGAACCAGAAUUUCCUGUGGAGCCUAUGGGGGAGAAAUCAAAUUACAUUUGCCACAAGGGACAUGAAUUUAUACCCACUCUGUAUCAUUUUCCAACCAACUGUGAGGCUUGUAUGAAGCCACUGUGGCACAUGUUUAAACCUCCUCCUGCUCUAGAGUGCCGCCGCUGCCAUAUCAAAUGUCACAAAGAUCACAUGGAUAAAAAGGAAGAGAUUAUAGCACCUUGCAAAGUAUAUUAUGAUAUUUCAACUGCAAAGAAUCUACUACUGUUAGCUAAUUCUACAGAGGAACAACAGAAAUGGGUGAGCCGAUUGGUGAAAAAAAUUCCAAAAAAGCCUCCAGCACCCGACCCCUUUGCUCGAUCUUCUCCUAGAACUUCCAUGAAGGUACAGCCAAAUCAGUCUAUGAGACGGCCAAGCCGACAGCUUCCUCCAAACAAACCGAGCUAACUGCCUUCUGUGAAUGCAGUCACUAUUCAAGGUGAUAAUUUUCUUCUCAUUAAAACAAGACUGAAACAUGAUAUCCCAAAAUUUAUUAAAAUAUAUAUAUUUUCCUGAGAGACUGUGCUAUAUAUAUCAGAGGUUUACAAUUUUUUGCUGCAAUAUAAAUUACUAAUCUCUGAGGGGUUUUUUAUAAUCUCUUGGGGUAACUGAUCAAAUGAGGACUGUUGGUAAUAGUAUAAGGAUACUUUAGGUAACCUUUUAGAGUCUUGUUCCAAAAAAGUUUAUCUUGGCAAGACACACACACUACAUUUCACAAAAGAACUAAGAAGAGUGAAAAUUAAAACUGAAGAAAUCCAUCUUUCAACUUUGAUAGAGAGAUGCCACCAGCAUGUUUGCCGGAAAAGAAGGCGGGAAAGAUCCACCACAGUGGUAUAGACUGCAUCUUUAAGAAGUGACCAUUAUACUGUGUAUAUAUAUUGUACUGUAAUACUGCAAAAGGGUUUUAAAAAAACUUUCCACUUUAUUUUUUUAUGCAUAUUAAUCAGAUACCAUUACUUACUGCAGUUGCAACUAUGCACUUGUGUAAAGCCAUAAUGUUGAAGUUAAUAUCUUUCAUACAUGUUUAUCAAAAGCUGCAUGUCAUUGUUGAGCAGCUAGUAUAAUGAGAUGUUUGAAGUACAUACUCAUUUCAAUUAUUUCAUAAUGGGCAGUCCUAUUUUACCUAUCUGAAUGCCUUAAUUUAAUUUUUUCAAGGUCUAUGCCCAUUCUCUGUAUUUAAGGAAAAAAGAAUGUUUACCAGCUCUUAGGAUACAAAUUUGCUUUGUGGCAGAAAAAAUAGUGCACUAUUUUUACACACAAUUAUAUCAAUGUCAGCCUAUUUUGAAUGUAUAUUGAUUGGUUUUGGGGUGGGAGGGAGUAUUGGUUACAGAAACAAUAACUGAUAGUAUUGAAACUAAUAUAACUUUCAUGUGUACAUGUAACUUUUCAUCCAGUCCUUUUUACAAACCUCAAUAUUAGUCAUUGACUUUAUAUUACCCUUAUUAAGUGCUAUGAAACUUCAUUUUGCCUUGUUUUGCGUACUCUCCUAGAUGUGUUUUUAUUUCUGGAAAAAAAAGUCUGAGACUAUUUUUACAUUUUCACAGUACAAUAUCCAAGGACUGUCACAAACUUUAAAGAAAACUAAAACAGACUGUAGAUGUAUUUUAAAUUUUUGAAUCCAGUUCUCUAGCACAUAGCCUAGGCAUAGAAAAAUAUUUCAGUAGUGUGUUUUGAGAACUUAUAGCUGGGAAUAAAGGGCCUCAGAGGCACUUAAUCUGAUUUUUUUUUAUCUUGGACUUGUACAAAAUUAUAAUUUAUGUGGGCUUGUUCAUGCUGUGUUCAUAAUUAUCCCAGAAAAUGCAUGUUUUAUACAACUACAGGAUGCUAUGUUAAACAUAUUGACAGUAAAACAAACAAAAAAAAUAUUUAGCCUCCUACUUGGUCUCUUUUUUUUUUUAUAUAUAUAUAUAUAUUUAUAUAUUGUGUGGUAGUGUGAUAAUUAAAAAUAUGAUCUAACAUUUCAAGGAAGGAAGACAUUUCACUUGAUCUUUUCUUUGGGAACAGUGUUGAGAUGUUCAAAGGAUAGGACCAUGACUUGUAUAACACUAUCAUGAAGAGUGGACUUAGAACCACAGAAGUAUUGAAAAUGAAUAUAGCUACAUUGUAUUAGCGAUAAUAAAAUGUAACUGACCCAGUCUGCAUUCAGUUUUAUAUUUAUGCAUUCUCAACCUAAAAUGUUUGUGCAUUCUUAAACUUAAAACUAAAAUGUGUAUAUCAUUUUAGUUAAAGUAUUAGCCCAAUGCACAGUAAAAGCUGUGUAUCCUUUCCCUGCUUGUUGUGAUUUACUGAAAUAAAGCAUAUUUUAGGUAAUGCAUAUUUGCAUACAAAACAAAAAAUUUAAAAUGUAUACAAUAAAACUGUUUCCAUUCACUGAAAGCAUAAAUAUUUUAUAUAAAAGAUUUUGUUACAUUGUGGGAAGUUCUAUCCUGUUCUGAAUUGGAGAAUAUAUAUAUAUAUAAAAAAUAAACUAUCUGAGUAAGGUAAAAUAGUUCCUGAUGUUGACAAAGCUGGUAAUUAAUUGUAAUAUUUAUACAUAAAAGGCAGCAAUUGUCAUGAUCGUGUGAAAAUGAAAUCUGUCAUUUAAGGGGAAAGUGUAAAGAAAUCUAUCUAAGACCAGAAGGAGGUCCCUGGCAGCACAGCUCCCAUGACAACAUGGUAAGCAAGGCCUAGGAGCUGCUUGAGGCCACAGCCACUGCAGUGUCUCCACGUGGAUGGCCCCAGCCUCCCAAGAAUCCCUAGGGAUCUGCCAAGUUUGGAGUGGCUUUUCUGUGGAAGGAACAAUACCCCACUCCAAGCAUCCUGUUACAGGGAAUCUCCACAAAGAAAUCAUCCUGGGGAUUUCCUCCUAAGAAGUUACUUCAUGUGGCUUUUCAUAUAGGAGGGGAUAAUAUGGCCUCUGAGAGCUAGUAUUUUUAUAGUUUAACCUUAAAAAUCAUUUGUGAAAUAUCCAUCCUCCAAAGAGAGAAUAUACUGUGAUUACCAGUCUCAUCUUUGAGAUGUGUAUGUGUUUGCAUGUACAGUACACAAUAGUUGCUUGUUACAUAGACAGUAAAUUGUACUUAGUUUUGCCCUUGCAAGUAACUGAUGUUACUGUGGAACUCCCAAAUUAUUCCCUGUACUAAGGAAUAACACUAAUUAUCAGGGAUCUUAGAAAUCCGUUUGCCAUGGAAAAAUGUGGUAUUUACAUUUUUACAAAGACUCUUUAGUUUUUACAUUUUGUGAAAAAAUAAAAACAUAGAGUGAACUCCAUUUAUCUAAGUCUCCAUUAUCCAGCUCUCUGUAUUAACAGAACCACCAGGGGCUGACAACAUCAGGCAGCUGAUGGUUUGGUUAAUACGGACAGCUGGGUAGUGGAGGUUUGGAUAAACAGGGUUCUACUGUAUAUCAGUAAAACAUUGUGUUCAACUGCUACCUAUAUGUAUUGUGGCUAGGGAAACUGAAGUUCAGUAUUUCAUUUUAAUUGCAAAAAAAAUAGAUUUGGGGUUUUUUUAUUGGAGAAUUUUGUUUUUUAUCAUGGAAAACUAGGAUGCCUGCUAAAAAUGUAAACUGACAUGCAAAAUUAUAAAGAUUUUAAUUACAAUCACUGUAGACGUACUUGCAUAUCAGCUUCCUUUUCCUUUGGAAGCUUGCUUUGUACAUUCUGUUCACAAUCACACUUCUCCAUAGCCCAUGUAGCAUCUGUUUUAUUCAGAAUUGGGAAAGCUCAUCCUUUAGUUAGUUUCAGAAGUAUUUGCCAAGACCAUGUUGUUUGUUCUACUAAUUCUGACAGUCGUUGCAAACUUGAUUUUCUUUUAAAAGCAUUUCUCUAUGAACAAGAUUAAGUGAUUAAGACACAACA